AUGAGCACCACAUUGCCGUUGUUCUCUUUGCUACCUAAUGGAGGAGGAUCAUAUCCACCCAGUCCAACAUUCUCGGAUCCAUCAUUCUCAUCUGCUUAUGAUGGUGGAUUCGAUCUGAAAAAUGGUGGCAUAGGAAGCUAUUCAUUCCCUACACCACCACAAACUUCCAAUACACCUUCAACAUCUUCCUAUUCUUCUAGACAUCUAACGAAUUAUCCAAACCCUCACUCACAUUCGCACUCGCAUUCACAUACACAUACACAUCAAUUGAUACCACCCAAUUUCUCUCAUUCUUCUUUUCCAGGUACACCAGAUGGCGAUGAUCUCGAUCUUGAUCCAACUUCAUCUUUUCUUGAUCUAGAUUUAACUCAACCUGGUCCAUCGACAUAUCAUCAUACUACGCAUACACAUAAACAAAAUGAUCGAUACGAUUCUUUAUCGUUAUCGCAUCGAACUAGUAACUCAGAUUCUUUCGGUGUAGACUUAGAUCUAGAUGCAGAUAUAGAUAUAGACGGAGAAGAUUAUCUGCAACCAGACGAUGAUGAUGAUGAUGGUAUUGACGAUGAAGACGAAAAUGAUAAUGAUGAUCGUGAUGAACAAUUAAUCAAAUUCGAAAGUGGUAAUCAAAUCUCACCUGAUCAAGUUGACGAUCAAGGUGAUGGCGAAAAUGAUGGUGACUUGGAUGUCGAUAAUGAAGAACCUUUAUAUGUCAAUGCGAAACAAUAUCAUCGUAUAUUAAAAAGAAGAAUGGCAAGAGCGAGAUUAGAAGAAUUGAACAGAUUGGUCAGAUCGAGGAAGCCGUACCUACACGAAUCGAGACAUCGUCAUGCAUGUUCAAGACCAAGAGGUAAAGGAGGUAGAUUCUUAACUGCAGAAGAAAUAGAACAACUCAAAAAAGAAGAAGCUCUCAAAGCUGAUUCUGCAGUAAAAAUCGUAGAAGUAAUUCCAGAGAUAUCCCCUUCAGCCCUAUUUAAUUGA